AUGAUGAACAACACUUCCAAUGGAGGAAUGAUCUCCGUUCCUUCUUCUUCGGCGGCGGCGAACACUCAGUCUCCGGGAAUCAAGACGUAUUUCAAGACUCCUGAAGGUAAGUACAAGCUCCACUACGAGAAGACGCAUCCCUCUGGUCUCCUUCACUACACACAUGGCAAAACUGUCACUCAGGUUACUAUAGCUCACCUUAAGGACAAACCUGCUCCAUCGACCCCUACUGGUACCUCGUCAAGUUCCAGUGCUAGUAGCGGUUUCCGGUCAGCAACAGCAAGGUUGUUGGGUGGUGGGAAUGGUAACCGUGCGCUUAGUUUUGUUGGAGGCAAUGGAGGGAACAAAAAUGUGAGUACAAAUGCAAGAAUUGGUGCCUCAUUCACUGCUUCCAGUUCUAGUACCUUGGGUACUAAUACAAAUUUCGAUGGGAAAGGAAGUUACCUAGUCUUCAAUGUGGGUGAUGCUAUUUUUAUAUCUGACUUGAACUCACAAGACAAGGAUCCAGUAAAGUCUAUACAUAUCAGCAAUUCAAACCCUAUGUGCCACGCGUUUCAUCCAGAUGCUAAGGAUGGACAUGAUCUACUUAUUGGGCUGAAUUCUGGGGAUGUUUACACCGUAUCACUAAGACAGCAGUUACAAGAUGUCAGUAAGAAGCUUGUUAAUCCCCAGCAUUAUAACAAAGAUGGUUGUGUCAAUAACAGCCGCUGUAUAAGUAUCGCUUGGGUGCCUGGAGGUGAUGGAACCUUUGUUGUUGCUCAUGCCGAUGGAAAUUUGUUCGUGUAUGAGAAGAAUAAAGAAGGUGCAACUGAUUCUUCAUUUUCUGCUAUAAGAGAUCCUACACAGUUCUCAGUAGACAAAGCAAAAUAUAGCAAGAGUAAUCCAGUUGCGAGAUGGCAUAUUGGUCAAGGUUCAGUUAACUGCAUUGCAUUUUCAAAUGAUGGAGCAUACUUGGCAACUGUUGGAAGAGAUGGUUAUCUUCGAAUUUUUGAUUUCUCAACCCAAAAGCUAGUGUGUGGUGUAAAAAGUUAUUAUGGUGCUCUACUGUGUUGUGCUUGGAGUAUGGAUGGAAAAUACCUUUUGACUGGAGGUGAAGAUGACUUGGUUCAAGUAUGGAGUAUGGAAGAUCGAAAGGUUGUGGCAUGGGGUGAGGGACACAAUUCGUGGGUAAGUGGAGUGGCAUUUGAUUCGUAUUGGUCGUCGCCAAAUUCAGACGGGUCUGGCGAGAAUGUCAUGUAUCGGUUUGGUUCCGUUGGUCAGGACACACAGUUACUGCUAUGGGACUUAGAAAUGGAUGAGAUUGUAGUUCCACUUCGGCGACCUCCAGGAGGAUCACGCACUUACAGCACGGGAAGUCAGUCCGCUCACUGGGACAACGUCGUUCCAAUGGGCACUCUUCAGCCAGCGCCGUGCAUGCGUGAUGUCCCAAAGCUUUCACCAGUAGUUGCUCACCGUGUUCACACCGAGCCCCUCUCGGGAUUGAUCUUCACGCAAGAAUCAGUCAUAACGAAUUGCAGAGAAGGCCAUAUAAAGAUCUGGACGCGACCAGAUACCCAAUCCAACAGCUGUUCAGAAACAAAUCCAACCACAAGCAAACCUUCACUGCCCAGCAAGGUCGGUGGUUCUAGUUAA